AUGUCGAAUUCUCAAGAUAAUUCUGAAUUGUUGGAGGGUAAUAUUGAUGUUAAAAAUCUAAAAAGUUUGUCCGUCGAUGAACUGAAUGAAAUUCUGAAAUAUUGGCCAAAACUGGACGAACUUCCAGAAGAAAUUCAAACAAAUACAAUCUAUCGUUUAUAUUUGAAUCAAGAAACAUGUGUAAGCCACUAUCGUCAACGUGUUUUGGAUAAUAAUCGUUUAAGUCACGACGAAUUAUUAAACGUACUCAUAUUAACACGCGAAUUAAGUGAUUUUAUUAAAAUUUUCAAUGUUGCUCCUCGAUUAAAUUUGGUAUUAAUGCAUGAUGCUACUUAUGAGCUCUUUGGCUAUUUAUUAGUGAAAACAGCAAGUGUAGUACCGCUUUAUUAUAAUACGACAUUUGAUAUUGGGGACUAUUACUUAUUGAUUUUAACAUAUGCCAAUACUUUAUUCGUGGAGAAGCCGAUAAUACCAUUAGCGGUUUUGCUCCAUGAAACAAAAGAGCAAGAAUGCCACGACGAACUGAUCAAAACAUUACACAAAUAUAAGCAAAUAGAAACAAAAUGUGUUUUAAUUACUAAAGACAUGAAGAAAUGGCUCAGAACCAAUUUUAAUAUUCUUCAUCGUGGGAUAGCUAAUCAAGCUACUGAAACAUCUACAUCUGCCACAACUACUAGCAUAACAACACUACUUGUUUCACAAUCAGUAACAACCACAACAUCAGCACCGACAAACAAAACAGCCAAUGACUUAUACAAAGAAGCGAAGGAUAAAUUUGUGAAACAGCGUCUCGAUGACGUACAAUUAUCAUUUAAAAAUUGGAUUAAAUCAUCUUCAUUGUCCACAAUCGUUAUUGACGACACUGGUAAAAAGUUACAACCUUACAAAAUUCUUGAUAAAUUCAAACAACAUAUUGAGAAUGCUCCGUCAACAUCUUCCAAUCAAACAUCAUAUUCAACUGCUGCCACCACUCCCACGACUACAUUUCUUGGCUCGAUUGCAGUCGAUAACAACGAAGAAGCUUCAAAUACAAAUUUGCUAUCACCUCAAUUAACAACCGCUAACGAUCGAACAACUGCUCCAUCAUCUUCAUUUACAACAACAACAACAACAAAUCUUUCAAAUACACCUUCAACAACUGUUACAAGAAAAUCAUUAACACCGGUCGCAAAAUCAGCAAUCUAUUAUGGUCAUGCAAUAAUUACAACUAGACAUAACAUUUAUAAUAUUUAUGCGUCGCCGGGAGCCAUAGGGUUAAGACUCUCGUGUCACUCAUCCUAUUUUGCUUUUGGUAUUUCAGCUGUUGAUGUUGAAGAUUCGAAAUUAAAAUCAGUAGACGUAGAUGUAUAUGCCAUUGUUAUUGUAGACGGAGACGAAAAAGAAAUCGUAGAAUUAUUACUUGUCGAAGAAGAAAGUGAAUUAAUUAACAAAAGAGUCGAGUUAUUUUUUGAUUUAGAUGAACGAGAAUGCAGGGAAAAAUCAGUAAAAACAUUUCUUGAUUUUAAAUUUGUAUUCGAUCGAAAAGAUCGAUUCAUUGAUCAUGGUGUUAUUAUCAAAUCAAUGGGAUAG